AUGUUUAAGGCAUUUGACGCAGAGUCAGAAACAUUCAACUUGCAAAAAGAUCAACCCUCGAUUACUAUAAAAGGAGUCGAUGUGGAGGAAAUUUUUGGUCUGAAGGACAAAGCAGCAGAUGGGCUGGAUAUUGACACCAUCCUUUAUGAGGAUGGGGAAUAUGCAGAAAAUGAUAUACCAUCUCGUUUUCUGAACAAGUCCACCGGCAGUCUGAGUAUUGAUGGAUUGAUCUCGGACGCAAUCAAGAGCGGAUUAGCCGACGAUGACUUCCUUCGAAGAGCAGUUCUUGUGGCCCUUGGUACAGUUCUUGCACCACAGUCCAGCUCAACAGUUCCGUUGGAGUAUUGGACAAUUGUUAAGUACGUGUCACGUUUGAAGAAAAUGAACUUCAAUGGUUUCACACGUUCUUAUUUAAUUAACAAUAUAAAGAAACUGCGAAGUGAACAUGAGAUGGUGCAAUGGCCCCGCGGCAACCUAGCCCUGCUUCAGUAUAUUUACUAUGAAAAAGUGCACCCAACUGGUUCACAAUUGACGUCAUCAAAGCCGUUGAUGAGGAACUGGACAGAAGAAGAGGCGAGUAAGAGAGACAACAUUGAAUACCAACAUGGACGAGGAACAGGCUUGAUUGACGACGACAUAUCUGCUAACCACAGAAGGGAGGUGAUCCACACACCUGACGUUCCUCCAAGAUCAAAGAGGAAGCAAAGUAAAAGAGCUAAAGCUUCAGGUUCUAGCAUGAAAACGCCAGGUUCAGUGGAUGAUUCAAGAAUGGAGGUCAUGGUUGAGCAUAUUCUGAUUAAACUGACCAAUCACAUAGACACAUCAAUAAGCAAACAUAUGGACAAAUUUGCAGACGUAUCUGCUCAGAAAGUCCUAAAAAUGCUUAACGCGAAAGGAGUUGCGUACAGGGCAGGCAAGGCUGACAUGUCUGAUGACGAAGAUCAGGAGGUGGAAGACAAAAAAGAAGGAGCGGCCUCCACACCUAGCCAUGGCGGCCUUCCGCCUAAAGAUUUCAUGGACAAUGACGACAUCAAGUCAGAUGGCACUGCAUCAUUUUUGAAUUCAGUUAAGGAUCAACAUGACGAUGAAUUGGAAGAUGCAAGUAAGAAGAGUGAGCCGAUGGAUGAUUCGAACUUCGUGACACCCACCGACAAGAAGAAGACUGCUAAUGCUGGGUACACGACACCAGCGCCUAAGCACGGAGACACCCCUGAAGUACCCAUAAUCAUCGACGACAAGGCUACACCUGAAUCGUCCUGCUCGGCAGCUAUUGAUUUAACUCUUCCAGAUGCAUCAGAAGAAUUUGAUAGCUUGAACACGAUCUGCCGGAAAGCGAUAGAAAGUGGGAAGAAGGAGGAGAAAAAAGAUGAUGUAUGUGGCAAAAAGGAGGAGAAAAAGGAAGAUGUCUCUGGGAAGCGCAAACGCAAAGCUCCUCGCAAAUUAAGUUCCCCAAGCAUUGUGAUGACCGAGAACUGUCCUAAACGGUUUCCACGCGCAGUCAGAAAAGGUCCUGAUGCUUUGUUCAACAACGAAUAUGCCACGGACGGAUCAAAUCCGCUGACACCGGAGAUAAUUGACGCGGCUGCCGAAAGUAAGACUGUGUACGAGAAUGAAGACGGGGCAGUGGCGAGGGCUGAAUUUCUUAAACCUAUCCUUGACCGUGGAUGGCUGUGCGGCACUGUCAUUGAGUGUUACUUGGCUGAGCUGAGAUUAAAAUUGAAGGAUAGGACAAUAUGCCCUGCAUGGAGGGCAAAUUCUAUAGUCGAAAAUCGACCGAGAAGGCAGCGAUGGAAAAAGAAAAACCUUGACACGACGGUUAUUGCAAAAAUGUCAAGUUGCUACGAAAGAUGCGAGCUGGAAUAUUUUGGCACUAACAAGGCUUAUUUCUCGGUUAACAUUUCCAAAUGCCACUGGGUCACCGUCGUCAUGCACAGUGACAAGAAGGAAUUUCAGGUGCUAGACUCGUUAUGGCGCCUUGAGCAGAGCAAGGAUUUUGUGGAAAAGCUGAGAGAAGAAAUCUUGAAGGACGUCGAGUUUGCGAACAAUGAGAUAUCAACAAAGAAGUAUCCAGACAUAGUUUACCUCGAUCUAUAUGCCAGGAACUCAUGUGGACUGUUCCUGUUAGCAUGUAUGGAGCACUGGGAUGGAGAUGAACUAACGGCCAAAUUUUCGCAGGAAACGAUAAACAAGAACAGGAAUAUGACUGCCGCCAAAAUUAUAAUGGCAGAAUCAAACAUGCACGAGAAGGCGAAGAAGGAUGUCCUUGACAUCGCGGCGAAAGCACGUGCGUAA